CUCCUCUUUGGGUAACACAGAGGCAUAAGAUACAAUCAUGUGACAUGCGCACUUGGCCCUGUUGUCGAGUUUGUUAUGACAAGCCGAGGCCUCGGACUAAAUUAGGAGCGAAGCCCCUGUUUCUGCCGAGGCGAAUUCACGAUGGAGGGCAUGGACCUGGACGUGGACCAGGAGCUCAUGCAGAAAUUCAGCUGCAUGGGUACAACGGACAAAGAUAUCUUAAUAUCGGAGUUUCAGAGGCUGCUCGGGUUUCAGCUUAACCCCGCCGGAUGCGCCUUCUUCCUGGACAUGACCAACUGGAAUUUACAGGCAGCCAUUGGAGCCUACUAUGACUUUGAGAGUCCCAACAUCAAUGCACCAUGCAUGUCCUUUGUAAAGGAUGUGACGAUCGGUGAGGGCGAAUCUGUUCCACCUGACACACCUUUCACAAAGACCUGGAGGAUACAGAACACAGGUACAGAGUCGUGGCCUCCUGGAGUUUGCCUGAAGUAUGUCGGAGGAGAUCAGUUCGGUCACGUGAACAUGGUGAUGGUGCGGUCCCUAGACCCUCAGGAAAUGGCUGACGUUAGUGUGCAGAUGCAGAGCCCUGUGUCUCCUGGCAUGUACCAGGGCCAGUGGAGAAUGUGCACAGCUACUGGACUUUACUAUGGAGAUAUAAUUUGGGUGAUCCUGAGUGUGGAGGUCGGAGGCCUCCUCGGCGUCACGCAGCAGCUUUCCUCCUUCCAAGCCGAGUUCAACACCCAGCCUCACCGCAGCCUGGAGGGAGACUACAACCCCUUCGCCUCGCCAGAGAAAACCAAGUGCCCCAACAGCAACAACAACAGCCUCCACCAUGACGGCGGCCACAUGGUCUCAGAGGAACAUUGGCAGGGAAGCCCCAACCAGCUGCAGCAAGAUCAGAAUGGACUUUCACACAACUCUGUGGAUAUAGUAGCAAACCGUCUACAAAGCAAUCUAUCAGUAGUCUCUUAUAACCAGGGUAUACAGGAGCCCUCUCCCUUUGGGCACUCUUAAAUAUGGGACUUGUCACAGAGAAGCAGCACUAAACCGUACCUCUGGAGUCUGUCACACCAAUAAGUGAAUGAAGAGGCUUUAUCAGUAGCUGGUGGAGAGUCAGGAGGUUCUAAUCACUUUAUGCAAAGUCGCUCUCCACUUCAGCGACACUCUUGAGAAACCAGAGGCCAACGCUUCUGACGUGCAGCUCAACCAACAUCCCACACCCACUGUAUGCACGUGUGAAUGCUAAGUUAAAAAUGAGUGCUAUGAGUCUUCUGAGUGAUAACUUUUUUUUUUCUUCUUUUUUUUUUCUCCCCCCCCCUCCCCAAAAAAUUUUUUUAGUUGUCAGAGUGAAAAUGAAACAAUGAUGCCAGGAGUGUGUAUUUGUGAAAUUCUGUGUAUAUGUGUGUGCAUUGUGCAACCUGAAAGAGAUACUUUGGAGGAAAAGCCAUUUAUUUUGCCAACUGAUUCUCCAGUUUCUGCUCUGACUGCCCAGAUAUAUUGAUUUGAUUUCUGGACCAGUUCCCUGUAACUAAAUCUGAUAAUAUGGGCGUCUUACAUUUUAUCUUAAUUGUUUAAUAUGCGGUUUUUAAGAAGUGACAUAUUCCACAAAUAUAUCUGAAGCUCAUUUAAAGGCCAAUUCAUUUUUUUUUUUUUUCAUGCAACAUGGCUCAUGCAUUAUGGCCAAUCAUUUAUAUGCUGUUAUAGUACCUUCAAACUGAGAUGCAAUGCAAUUUUCCUCCACUGGAGGGAGUCCAGUUAUCAUUACUCUAAGAUGAGACGAACACUGAGAAUCAGAACUCUCAUAUACAGUAUAGCUCCCAUAAUUUGGGAAAGUAUAGUCCACAUUAUUGUGCAGGAACAUAUUUUUAUAAAGCUAAGUUUUACAGCCAACAAUUAUUAUUAUUACUAUAAUUAUGCUUCAUAUUGUCAACAGGACUUUUUGGAGUUACUUAAAUGGACUUUUGUGAAAUUGAAUUUGAUUUGGUUUAAACAGUCCUGUGAGAGAGUGAGGGUUUCUUCCCAUAUAUUAAGUCAUUGCUGGCACCUGGCAUAUAUAUACACAUCUAUGUAAUAUCAGAAGAAUAGUAAGUAAUGGUGAUAAUGCAGUAUUAAAGAUUAGAUUAUACACAUGGGAUAUAUUUCUAAAAUUAGAGCCACAGCUCUUUUUUUAUCAAAUAACAGCCUGUUGAAGAGGCUUUUAUGGCCCAUUAAGAGCCAUCACCGUCAUAACCAUCCAUCUAUUUUCUUUACUACUUCUACUGCUUAAGGUCAAGAGAAUCAGUGAUGUCUUCUCAUAUAAUAAAGACUUCCCCAGUGAGUGUCUGAAUCUAAGAUUUAGUUUAGUUUUACAUGCUUACAUUAAAUUUUAACAACCCAAGAUAACAGGGUUAAUUCACCCGCUAUAAGACACUGAAGUGAUAUGAAUGAGGAUGAAGAGCUAUAUACUAUUAAGAAAAAAAAUUAAAACAUAAAUGUGUUUUGUCGCCUUGUUCUGAAUUGUCAUUUUAAAGCUGUUUUUAUCUUGUUAAGUUGAAUGUGUUUGAUGAAUGUAGAAGAGGAUAAUGUUUUAGGAAACAUAUUCAUUUACCCAAAGAUUCUACAUUGUGUAUUUGCAUUGAAUUUGCAUCUAUAUUAAUAUUAUUAUUCUGCAUUUUCCUGUCUCUUGUUAAAGUUAUGCACUACGUUUGUGUCUACAAAUGUUCUCACAAAUCAUUGAUGAGCCAAACACACAAAAAUACAUUUGAAAAUUUGAUCCUGUUAGAUCGUUUUAAGAUGCAAACCAAACCAAGAAAUUUACAAAGACAUGACAGAAUCAUGAAUCCUUAAGAAUUGUUACUGCAUAGUUAGAUGCACUAACUAGCUGGUCUAUGCACUGAGCAAAGCGACAUCCAUGAUAAGGCCUGUGUGUAUUUUCCUCCUCCAACAAGCACAGUUAAGUCCUGAAGGGUUUAUCGACUCUGUGAUUUUUAUCUGUCAUUCGCAGCCGGUGUGUUAGACCACCUUGACAGGUAAACACCCUUUUAAUUAAGUCGCUAACCGUAAGCCCCGGGGAUACUGAGCUUUUUGACAACAUGACAAUACUAGCCAACACUACAACAUGCCGUGAGGAUAUCUAGGUCUCUUUGCCAUUUCACAGAACGUUGUGCAUUUCCUGUCCAAAACGUUAAAGACAAAUGUUUCUCCCCUUGUCGUUAAAAAGGUACCGGCUGUCAAUGUCAAUUCAGCGAGUGCAAAGUGUGUUUAUGAAGUUUCCACUGGCCAGAUAGCAGAAGGAAUCAGUUGGCAUUAGACUCAUACAACAGCACAUUUAUGAGAGUGAGGAAGUGCAUAAAGAUGAAAGCUUUUUUCUUGUAUGUUUGACGAAUGUUUGUAUGAUUAAAUUAUCACAGAAAAGUAAA